AUGUUACGACUCGCUCAACCACAACGCUUCCUGCAUGCUUCAUCGAGGAGCCUCAAGGUCAUAGUCCCAUCUGUGCAAUCGCGCAGCUUUUCGUGGAGUCGUACAAGAUGCUCAAGUCUAGACGACUGGACGCGCACCAUCCAGGCACAGGCGACCACGAUGCAUGAUACAGCUGACUUGAACAAAGCGCGUCAGGUACUGCUCGUUCUGCCAAAACUCUCCGGACCAUCGUCCAAAGUGGCUUGUUCACGAAGCCUGAUAGACAAACACAACGGUGAAGAUGUCAUUGCACUUCAAAGAGGCUCAAAUAUGCCCCUUGGAUCAGAAUUGGUACUGUUCAACCCACUGCUCAGCGAAAGUACGCUCGGCGCAGAUGGUACCGAGAGAAGCUUCGGACCACCAGGAGGACUGGAUCAGCGCAUGUGGGCCGGUGGCUCGUUUGAAUUCGAGCAGGGAAAGCAGCUCAAAGUGGGACAAGAUGUACAAUGCAAUGUGACAGUCGAGAGUGUUCUUCUCAAGCAAGGCGCCAAGACCGGAACGAUGGUCCUGGUCACACGGAAGCUGGUAUACGAGGGCGCAGAGGGAAUCGUAUCGACAGAAAGAAGGACUCAUAUUUACAGGAAGCAGAGGCCAGCUGAUCAGCGCAAAUAUGUCCCACCACCUGCGGACAAGAGGCCAAAGGCCACAGAAGUGGAAGAAAAGCCAUCUGAUUUUGGCUUCGAUUAUCAUGCUACUCGAGCAGCCCUGUUCCGCUACUCGGCGGCGACUUUCAACGCGCAUCGCAUCCAUCUGGACCCGGAAUACUGCCGCAAUGAAGAAGGUCACCCAGACUGUCUCGUUCACGGCCCGCUGACAGCAACAUUACUGCUAAACCUGAUAGCCACAGCAGCACGUGAAGCGUCGGGACAGGUGAAAAGUUUCGAGUAUCGUGCCACGUCACCUCUGACCGUCGAGCAAAUAGUGCGACUUCGUGGUGGGUGGCAGGAUCAUGACAGAAAGCAAGCAUCGUUGUGGGCUCUCAAUGAAGCCGGCACUGUGUGCAUGACAGCCAAAGCCACCUUGUUCUAA